UGAAAAUGCGCGUUCAGUUUGACCGCUGGUUUGCAAUUGAGGAUUGCUGAACAUGAGAUCUCUCCUUGCUGGUGUUGUCUUCUUCGGCCUAACAUUACAGGCCCUAGCCGCGGGUCAAGCAUCCUUCGUAAUUGAGGAUGAAUUCAAAUGGGUAUCCUGCUCAAGUGUGAUAAAAUUGGCUCACAAGACCGGCUGUCGACUUCACUCGCACGCAAUAACUUACGGAACCGGGAGCGGGCAACAAGCUGUUACAUGUAAUCCGGCGGCAGACAACACAGAUGACUACUUCUGGGUGCAAACCGGGUUAGGAAGCCCUCGGUGCAAGCGAGGGCAAGAAAUCCCAUGUAACUCUAUCGUGCGCUUGAUGCACCUAAACACAAAAAAAUAUCUCCACAGCCAUGCAGGACAUGCUUCCCCAUUUACCCGCAACCAGGAAGUAUCUGCCUUCGAUGGCACAGAUAAAGGAGACAACUGGAAACUGAUAUGCGUCAAUAAGAAUGACAAGUUCUGGACUCGAGAAAGCCCAAUCCGAUUAGUGCACGAGGAGACAGGCAAAUAUCUUAGCGCGUCGCCACAACAUAUUUAUAGGGUCAAUCCACCGGGACAGGUGGAGGUCAGUGGGCUCGGUGCUGCGAGUUCAGAUGACAUCUGGACUGCUCAAGAGGGUAUUUAUUUUGGCGCACCCGAGUGAGGAGUAUACACGAAUCAGCCAGAACGGCUUCAAUCUCAUUGACAGCAGCAUCUAUCUGUUUAAUCCGCUUUGGCACAAAAAUAUGAGUCCUUGAAACAGUUUGCAGCACUUGGCAUGGGAGCCAUCGCAAAAACUUGUUAAUACAAUUUUGAUUCACCAA